AUUAGUAAAUCAGAUAAAAUCUGCUGCCGGGUUAUACCGGUCCGAGAUCGUCGAGUUCGGCAUCAUUAACAUACCCGAACACAGCUUGAACCAAUGUCAUCCUCUGAAGAUGGGCAGGCAAGAUAUCUCUCCGAAUACUUGAACAAUGUUUGGAGCAAGAUUGCAACCGACCCACAAAUAGUUUCCUGGCAGUGUUGCGCUCUGCUCCUCAAGCGCGACCCGGAUUUGCGAAAGUUAGUGCAAAAGGCACAUGUGGAGGAGAAUUCGGAUAUCCUGAAGGGCUACGACCUUCCCAGUCGUCCGCGGGCAAUGGUGUAUUACAGAGAAGAAUUAUGCAAGGUAUUCGACGUGCUAGAAACUAUGCGUGUUCCUUUAGAAAAGGUGGCAGACGGCUCUACGACACACAAUUCACUUAAAUGGAAAUUGCGCGGCGACUCUCCCAUCAGCAAGGAUAUAGUGGAGCAUAUUAAGAGACUCAACAUUCCAUGCAAGUAUCCUAAUAGCUCACCACUCCUUAUAUUACAUGAAAACGGGUGCUUUAAAUCAAUGCCCAAUCUCAACAAACGCUUGGAUCAUAUCUUUACUCCGAAAAAGAACACAUUCCUGGUGAAUUCUUCAGGGACGGGCAAAACGAGACUGUUAUAUGAAGGCCUCUGCAAACAUUGGGGUCUUUUCCUCACAGCUGCAGUCGAUUCUUCUGGGUUGGGUUCGGUUGAUGUUCAAUACAUCAUCCAAGAUCACCUUCCAUAUGAUCGAAGUUUUACCGCUGUGCCCCGCGAUGAAGAUGCGAAUCCUGACUCCAAACCCGUGCUAACCAAUCUCGCACUUGCUCGUCGUAAUUUCAGCGGAAUAUUACUGGCUCGGCUGUUAGCCUUCAAACUAUACAUAGAAUUCGUGGCGAAGGGCGAAUUUCAAGAAAUACACAAAAGGCGAUGGUUUCUUGCCCAAAUACAACCCUAUUUCACUGACGGUUCAGACGUGUUCUCACUCUUACAGUGUACUAUCUGCGACUCGAUGGCCAGUGAUGCCUUGCUUAAUGAUUGUAUCGCACAGUGCAUAGAAGACAUCAUCGAUCUCUUCGAUCGUCACUCUCCCGGUUCCCAUUUCUUCGUUGUUCUUGAUGAGGCCAAUGCUGCUUCUGAAAGACAUAGGCUUGCUUUUCGAAGUACCCAUGGUCCCCAUCCAGUCUUAAAGGAAAUCAUACAAGUUUGGCACUCACAUUUGCAUGCAACACCUUUCACCAUGGUAGUUGCAGGAACAUACAUUCCUGACAUCUAUUUCAAGGAGGACAAAUGGAAGGAAUGGCGAUGGAUAUCAUCAACUGGCGCGUUCGAUAAUAUCGAGGAUCAACGAGCAUACAUACUCAAAUUUCUACCGCACGAUUUCGCUUCUUCUCCUUCUGGUCAACAUCUCUUACAUCGUAUGUGGGUUUGGCUUCGGGGGAGGCAUCGUAUGACAUCGGCGUACAUACUAACUCUUCUCGAAAACGGAUACCAAAGCCCACAUUAUUUGCUGAGCCGUUACAUCCAUAUGUUCACUGGAUUCUGGCCAUCCGACGGCGGUGAAUUCAUACGAGCCGAAUCGCCUCGGUCUUGUUCAGAGCUUGACGGCAUUCCAAUGGGACAACUUGAACGUAUAAACCCGUUACGUGUAAACAUGCAACAUCUGUUAUUGAAGCAUCUCAUUGCCGACUACCGCUUUACCCCACCAUUGUUUCACGAAAUUGGUUGGGUGACCACUGCGUUUGGACGUUUUUCCGACGAUGCAAUGACGUGCGUUGCCGUAGACGAGUCCCUCGUUCUUAUUGCCGUGGCUCAGUGGCUUUUGGAAGAAUCAUAUCUGGCUCCAGACUUAGAUCACUUCAUCUCUUCUCGUUCUUUUGCCGAAAACCCUUCUUUAUAUCACAUGGACUACGUUGCAUUUGCUGUAGCGUUGUGUUUCAGAAGACCCCGGAUAGUUUCAGAGGUUCUCUCCUUCUCAACCAUUACACCUCCGAACUGGGCAUCCCAGCGAGCACACCUUGUCGCUCUCAGAAGGGAGGGAGAAAAUGCAAUAGAAGAUACUAUUGAAUAUUCGCCCGAAAAAGCUUCUCAACUUGUUUUCUAUACAUCGAUUUCAUCUGCUGUGCUCGACUGGCUGAAAGAUAGUCAUGGCGUACCGUUCUGCAUGCAUACGAGAGAGACGACAGCGACGCUAUAUUUCAUCCUUGAGCUCGAGGACUCUACUCGGAUCUGUCUAUCUCUCCAAGGAAUACCCAGCAGCGGGGAUGAAGAUAAUGUAGAGAGUACGGCGAUCCGGACAGUAGUCGACGGAAUGACACCUCUUGGACUACUGAAAGAGGGCGAUGCUUUUGAUGAAGCAACCCUUACUGGGGCAUUCAGAGCUAUACCCAAACGAUCUUUGGAUAUAGGUUCAAUAGGCCUAUUGCGUACCCUCGUUUCGCUCCCUGACAAAGUUCGUGUCCAAGGUGUACAAUUCGAUGCACUUGAUAAGUAUCCAGUGGCGGCACUGAACAUUACUACUCUUCGAGACGCUGUGAAGGAUAUUUCACAAAAAGAUGUCUUUUCCAGCCUUGUUACGUCCAUUGUAGGUGAUAUGAAGAGGAAAGCUCCGCCAGAAACAUUUGUAUCGCGCACCAAGCUGCGUCUUUCUGAUCCUACAAUGGAAGCGUCUUCAUCCACCUCGGUCGCCCCUCCCCCUUCCCGCACCAAAGCAAUUGGUGGUAGGAAAUUGCGCAGCGCCGACCAACCACAGACGAGUAACCCAAAAAGCCAGGGAAUCAGAAUUCGGAAACCUUCGGUUCCCAAGAAAUCUUCCAGAAAGGCACCAACUACUUUGUUAGAACCGGCUACAUCGCGAUAUAAUUUGAGGCCCAGGAAACCAAGAUAGUAUAUUGUUCGUGACUUUUAUACAUAGUCUCGGACUAGGUCAAACUCAGACUCUGCUCUCUGGUACUCCAUACCAUGGCCUGACCAUGGCGAAGUUACUAGACAUCACUACUUCCGAGAACUUCUUGUUUUUUCUCUUGUAUGUGCUUUUAUAGGUGUAUGUAGGGUCCUGUAGAAUUCUACUGCCUUUGUAUUCGAGACCUUAGAACCUUUUUCGUUGCAAUGCCAGUAU